AUGCCCUGUCUACUUAUGACUGGUUCUGCCCUUGGGGGUUGCGCUACGCCACCCAGUCUGAGUGGGAUGCUGCAUACGCCACUCUGGACUCCAACAGGGACACGUUCUUCCAAAAAUGCGCAGCCAGUCAGCUGGACCCGCGGCACGACCACUGCGACUACAACACCUUCGUGCGGGAGCCGGACAACUCAUACAACGAGCUGGUCCUGGUGUGCCCCCCUGCGGGCACCCCGACGCCCAGCCCGACGCCCAGCCCGACCGUGGCGGCCGGCUCGCCGACGGCCAGCCCGACGCCCACUCAAUGCCCUGUCUACUUAUGACUGGUUCUGCCCUUGGGGGUUGCGCUACGCCACCCAGUCUGAGUGGGAUGCUGCAUACGCCACUCUGGACUCCAACAGGGACACGUUCUUCCAAAAAUGCGCAGCCAGUCAGCUGGACCCGCGGCACGACCACUGCGACUACAACACCUUCGUGCGGGAGCCGGACAACUCAUACAACGAGCUGGUCCUGGUGUGCCCCCCUGCGGGCACCCCGACGCCCAGCCCGACGCCCAGCCCGACCGUGGCGGCCGGCUCGCCGACGGCCAGCCCGACGCCCAGCCCGACGGCCGGCCCGCUCCCGUCGGGAGGAACUGGUGGGCCCGGACAGGUGGACCCGUCUGGCAAAGGCGAUCCCCACCUUCAGAACGUCCAUGGUCAGCGGUUCGACUUGAUGAAGCCAGGCCAGCACGUCUUGAUCAAUAUUCCUCGUGGGCAGCGCGCUGACAGAGCAUUGCUUCGCGUGCAGGCCUAUGCGCGCCGACUGGGUGGGUGCGCGGAUAUGUACUUCCAAGAAUUGAAUGUUACUGGGUCUUGGGCAGAGUUCCAGCAAGCUGGAGGAUACCGCUACACCGUAUUGGAACCUCCUGCGAAGACAUCGGAAUGGCUUGCUUUCGAACAAGUUGAGCUGAAGGUUGUUCAUGGAAAGACGAAGCGUGGCCUAAAGUAUUUGAAUUUCUACGUCAAGCACUUGAGCCGAACUUCGUUCUCGGUCGGAGGCCUGCUGGGAGAGGACGACCACACGGCCGUGACGAUCCCUACGGCAGGCUGCUCCCGGCGCGUGGCGCUCCUUGAGGCGCCACCGGGAGCGCAGGGUGGCCGCACCGAGUCCUCCGUGGCAGUAGCAAGCCCCUAG